GCUGUCACAGCGGAUGAAGCCUGGAAGAACCGCUACCGCUGACUAUGUUUGCUUUUCUAAAUGUCUUUAGCUUGUUAAUGUUUGCAUUCAAGAACAUGUCAACUUCAAUUAGCCUUUCAUUACGAAACAAGAAGAUUAGGAUGUUUUCUUCUGAUACAGCCUUGGUUCUAACUACCCAUGAAACGUAGAGGAUGCUUGCAUUAUAUUCACCGCGUUCCGGUGUUGGUCGACCGUCCAGUGCCUUUAGUGGACUCAAGUGUGAUUUUUUCCCCACGAGGAAGUAGCAUCCGCUAACACUUUUACAUCGAAAAUAUCCUGUGUGAUCUGCUGGGGCGGCAUAGACUAUGACCAGCGAAUGUUUUCUCAAUAAUACGUGUGCUGACCAUGAUGGGACCGCGGAUACAGAACGAGCCAGAGGCAACCAUGAGUACAACAGGUCAAUCUUUGAGUUCCCAUGGUGACAGAUCUCCGGGGCCCUCGGAGGAAGUGCAGAACAACAGGAACAGCUCGGGCGUCCUCCUGGACAUCUCGGCCCUCAGGCUGGCCGAGGUGGUCGAAGUCCCUCCUCUUCCUCCUCGCUACCGGUUCAGGGACCUGCUGCUGGGAGAUCAGUCCUUCCACAACGACGACAGGGUCCAGGUGGAGUUCUACGUGAAUGAGAACACCUUUAAAGAGAGGCUCAAGCUGUUCUUCAUCAAAAACCAAAGGUCCAGCCUGAGGAUUCGUAUGUUCAACUUCUGCCUGAAGCUGUUGACCUGCGCCCUGUACGCUCUGAGAGUGGCCCUGGAUGACCCUGAGGAGGUCGGGCGGUCUGCCUGCAGUGUCAACUGUUCAACUGUCAACCUAACAAGAUCUGUGACCGAUUCAACACAAAUCAACUGGGAGUUGAUAUUUUGGGUGAACAGAAAGGUUCCUCUAUGGGCGAUCCAGGUGAUAGUGGCCUUAAUCAGCUUCCUGGAGGCCAUGCUCCUGACGUACCUCAGCUACAAGGGAAACAUUUGGGAGCAGAUCUUUCAGAUAUCCUUCACCCUUGAGAUGAUCAACACAGUGCCAUUCAUAAUCACGAUCUUCUGGCCUCCGUUGAGGAAUAUUUUCAUCCCAGUGUUUCUUAACUGCUGGUUAGCCAAGUGUGCCCUGGAAAAUAUGAUCAAUGAUCUCCACCGAGCCAUCCAGAGGACUCACUCAGCCAUGUUCAACCAGGUGCUCAUCCUCAUCUGCACCCUGCUGUGCCUGGUCUUCACCGGGGCGUGCGGCAUUCAGCACCUGGAGAGAGCGGGGAAGAACCUGUCCCUCUUCAACGCGCUCUACUUCUGCAUCGUCACCUUCUCCACGGUGGGCUACGGGGACGUCACGCCCCAGAUCUGGCCCUCCCAGCUGCUCGUGGUCAUCCUCAUCUGUGUGGCUCUGGUGGUUCUCCCUCUGCAGUUCGAGGAGCUGGCCUACCUGUGGAUGGAGCGCCAGAAGUCUGGCGGAAACUACAGCCGCCACCGCGCCCAGACCGAGAAGCACGUGGUGCUGUGCGUCAGCUCGCUCAAGAUCGACCUGCUCAUGGACUUCCUCAACGAGUUCUACGCUCACCCCAGACUACAGGACUACUACGUGGUCAUCCUGUGUCCCACCGAGAUGGACAUCCAGGUCCGCCGGAUCCUGCAGAUCCCCCUGUGGUCUCAGAGGGUAAUCUACCUGCAGGGCUCCGCUCUCAAGGACCAGGACCUGAUGAGGGCCAAGAUGGACGAUGCGGAGGCUUGCUUCAUCCUGAGCAGCAGGAACGAGGCGGACCGCACGGCUGCAGACCACCAGACCAUCCUUAGAGCCUGGGCUGUGAAGGACUUCGCCCCCAACUGUCCCCUCUAUGUCCAGAUACUUAAACCUGAAAACAAGUUCCACGUCAAGUUCGCCGAUCAUGUGGUGUGUGAGGAGGAGUUCAAGUAUGCCAUGUUGGCCCUCAACUGUGUGUGUCCGGCCACCUCCACCCUGGUCACCCUGCUCGUUCAUACCUCCAGAGGACAGGAGGGCCAGAUGUCCCCAGAGCAGUGGCAGAGGACCUACGGACGUUGCUCGGGCAACGAGGUCUACCACAUCCGCCUGGCUGACAGCAAGUUCUUCGGGGAGUACGACGGGAAGAGCUUCACCUACGCCUCCUUCCACGCUCACAAGAAGUACGGCGUGUGUCUGAUUGGCGUCAAGCGGGAGGACAACAAGAGCAUCCUGCUGAACCCGGGCCCCCGCCACAUCAUGGCGGCCCCGGACACCUGCUACUACAUCAACAUCACCAAGGAGGAGAACUCCAGCUUCAUCUUCAAGGAGGAGGAGAAGCAGGGCCUGCCGUCGGCCGGCCUGUACGACGCCCCCUCCCUGCCCGUGCACAGCAUCAUCGCCAGCAUGGGUACGGUGGCCAUGGACCUCCAGCACCCAGAGCCCGAGGAGGACAGCAGCAAGCUGGCUCCGCCCACGGAGAACGGCGGCGGGAGCCGGCGGCCGAGCAUCGCCCCCGUCCUGGAGAUCGCAGACUCCGCCGCCAUCCUGCCCUGCGACCUGCUCAGCGACCAAUCAGAGGACGAGGCCAACCAAUCGGACGAGGAGGGCUCGGUGGGGUCAGACUUCGUCAAAGGCUACCCACCCAACUCCCCGUACAUCGGAAGCUCCCCCACCCUGUGCCACCUUCUCCCCCAGAAGGCUCCCUUCUGCUGUCUCCGUCUGGACAAGGGCUGCAAGCACAACAGCUUUGAGGACGCCAAGGCCUACGGCUUCAAGAACAAGCUGAUCAUCGUGUCCGCCGAGACGGCCGGGAACGGCCUGUACAACUUCAUCGUGCCCCUGAGGGCCUACUACCGCCCCAGGAAGGAGCUGAACCCCCUCGUGCUGCUGUUGGACUACCCGCCAGACAACCAUUUCCUGGAGGCCAUCUGCUGCUUCCCCAUGGUCUACUUCAUGGCUGGAACCAUCGAUAACCUGGACAACCUGCUGCAGUGUGGCAUCAUCUACGCUGACAACCUGGUGGUGGUGGACAAGGAGAGCACGAUGAGCGCUGAGGAGGACUACAUGGCCGACGCCAAGACCAUCGUCAACGUUCAGACCAUGUUCAGAUUGUUCCCCAGUCUCAGCAUCAUCACAGAGCUGACCCAUCCCUCGAACAUGAGGUUCAUGCAGUUCAGAGCCAAAGACUGCUACUCCCUGGCUCUGUCCAAGCUGGAGAAGAUAGAGCGUGAUAAGGGUUCCAACCUGGCAUUUAUGUUUCGUCUGCCGUUUGCUGCAGGCCGGGUGUUCAGUAUCAGUAUGCUGGACACUCUGCUCUACCAGUCUUUUGUGAAGGACUAUAUGAUUGCUAUAGCCAGACUACUACUGGGGCUGGACACCACACCUGGAUCUGGAUACCUGUGUGCAGUGAAGGUGACAGAGGAGGACCUGUGGAUCCGGACGUACGGCAGACUGUUCCAGAAGCUGUGCUCCUCCAGUGCUGAGAUUCCUAUAGGCAUUUACCGCACUGAGUCCCACAUGUUCUCGUCCUCUGAGUCUCAGGUGUCCAUCAACAUCGAAGACGGCGACGAGCGCAGGGGCCCCGACCGCCAGGGGUCCUGGAAGGAGAGGCCCCGCCACAGGAGCUCCUCGGCCAGCGACCAGUCGGAGCACCCGCUCCUCCGGAAGAAGAGCCUGCAGUGGGCUCGCCGCCUGAGCCGCAAGAGCGCCAAGCCCCCCAGCCGGACCGAGCGCAUCUCCCAGCAGCGGCUCAACCUCUACCGGCGCUCGGAGCGCCAGGAGCUGUCGGAGCUGGUGAAGAACCGCAUGAAGCACCUGGGUCUGCCCACCGUGGGAUAUGAUGAGAUGAACGAUCAUCAGAACACUCUGUCCUACGUGCUGAUCAACCCUCCGCCCGACACCAUGCUGGAGCUCAACGAUGUAGUGUACAUCAUCCGGUCUGACCCAUUGGCUCAUGUGCCAGAUGAGCCCAGCAGCCCGGCGCCUGCCGGCCAGUCCAGCAGCAGCAGGAGCAAGCAUGAGUUUGGCACCGAGAGCAGAGACGAGACCCACCUCUAAGACCUCACCAUGUCAUUAGACGGAGGGGGGGGGGGGGGGGGGGGGGGGCACCUCUCCCUCCAUCCCCCACUCCCUCCAUUGCCCUCCCCAGCUCCUCUCCCUACACCCCCCUACCCCAGAGGAUGUUUAACUGAGCUGCUAUUGUAAGGAGGCUGCCGGAAAGGGCCUCUAAUCCUUAACCCUCUAACUCCUUCACCAAAACCCUCUAACCCUUAACCCUCUAACUCCUU